AUGGUUGAGGAGGAUCCGAUUUACAAGACUUUGCGUGCGAUUUCCAAGGCUCGCAAAGAGGGAAAGUUCUCGGAUCUCCUACUCGUCUGCCGAGAUGUGAAAAUACCCGUCCACAAGAUCAUCGUGUGCCCCCAAUCUCCCGUUAUUGACAAAGCAUGCAAUGGUCCAUUCAAGGUUCGUCAGGUCCGGCUAAGCUCGUCGUUGCUCUUCUCACAAGAAAAUCAGGAGCAAGAAACUGGAGUAUACGAGUUCAAAGAUAGUUCAAUCGACAUAGUUCGACAAAUGGUGGAGUACAUGUACACCGGCAAGUAUUCGCCAACGUCACACUCCAGCUCGGAUGAAUUGUGCGACAAUACUUCCCCCAUUACGUUUCAUGUCAGAAUGUUUGAGCUUUCAAAAAAAUACAUGAUUGACGGGCUUCAGACGUUCGCCACAUGUGAGUUCAUGGAAGCGGUCCAGCAAGAGGAGAGUCUCUGCAAAUUUCUGCGAUCAAUACCCGAGAUAUACUCCCUGCUUAGAACGCCAAGCAACCAUCUUCGAGAGUUUCGAGUUUGGCAUGUUAGAUCUCUGAUGGCAGCGGCAGACUUUGACGCUGCCGCUAAGCAGGUUUUGGAUGAAGUGACUGAAAAUGUGCCUCAGUUCGCCAAGGAGCUAUUGAAUUCAUUUAUAGAAAGCCCGCUUAUGGGUUAUUGCCAUCUUUGUGGAGAGCAAGAUCCAGUGCCGGUUUCUCCUUCACAUUGUAGAUGCAAGAAAUGCGGGAGCCGCGGUGCACGGCUCUUGCGAUAG